AUGGCGGAUGUGGUCAUUCCAGCUAACAAGGAGGAUCAGGGGGUCACUCUGCGAGUUCCAUGGGCAUCAAGAUGCCAGACAGUGGAGGCAGACAUCAAUGUCCAGGAGCAGAAGUUGAGGGAUGUGAGUGUACAACCAGGCCAUGAUGGAGAAAUGCCCAGGUCCACUUUUGCAGCCCUCCAUUGA